AUGACUUUAGUCUAUGUUCACACUCUGUUCCGCAGGAACACAAAUCGAUCAAGCCAUUUGGCAGCGCUAUUUCGAUUCCUCGAAGCCGGCCAGGGAAGGCUCUGCAUAUCAUUGUUCAUGAAUGAUCACGUACUCCAAGUUACAGUUCUGGGUGAGUAUCAAGGUCUCUCCAUAAUGCUACAAAAUCUGCUAGACGUAAUGCGACCUUUUGGACUGUUUGAGCAUUGGAGCUACACCGGUGAUUGCGUUUUGGAACAAUUAGGGAGCGAUAGGUUGUUCGACACAUAUUUUAUGCGGGAGGAGGAACAAAGCUCUGCGUAA